ACCAUAAAGUGAUAAAAACUGCUGCAAAUUGUGUAGUGCCAACACUCACCCUUGUUUUAAUUUUUUUUAAGACGACAUGUGAGUUAGUGACAGCAGGAAACUUCCCAGUUUCCCUCGAUCUGACAUUAAAUACAACCACUACUUCCUUAUGAACCUCCCUCCUUUCUCUCCAACAACCGGCCCUCCCUUUGUCCUUGUGCUCUCGCCCCUCCUUUUGUCAAGUAUCAACAGGCAAACUUUAGAAGUCCACACCCCUACACAGCCACACUCAUGAACAUGCUUACAGUAGCAGUUAGGAUCAGCAGCUCAGACGAGAACUACAGCGAUUCCUGGCAUCGAUUUAGUCAGGCAGAUUUUUCUACACACCUAAUUUUGCAGAGGAUUUGAUGAGCUGCCAUGUGAGACUGAGAGACUUGUGCUGCAGUCAUCAAACACAUAGGUGUUUGAGUUGGCUGUGAGUACAGAGUGAUUAUUAAGGAGUGGCUACUUGUUUCUCAACAUUUAGAACAUCAGAAGUAGAGAACCAACGGGUGGGAAGCUGGUGUAGGACUGCUUCACUCGUGCAGAUCCCUACAAGCUCCCUUCCCCGCCUUGACCGGUAUUUUCUCGAUGUCAGCAACAAUGGACCUGACUUUGUGGCAGUAUCAGUUCAGGAUCAUCAUGUUGGGAGACUCCACCGUGGGCAAGUCGUCGAUGCUCAAGCGCUACACUGAGGACUUGUUCCUGGAAUCCAUCAACCAGACAGUAGGUGUAGACUUCUACGUCCACUUCCUGGAGGUGGAACCAGGGGUCCGUGUCAAGCUGCAGUUCUGGGACACGGCAGGGCAGGAAAGGUUCAGGUCAGUAACCCGCUCUUAUUACCGCAACUCGGUUGGAGGCCUGCUGGUGUUUGACAUGACCAACCGAGCCUCCUUUGACCAUAUUAAGGAGUGGCACGCUGAGGUGUGCGAACGAGUGCAGCCACAUAAGGUUCUGUUCAUCCUGGUAGGUCAAAAGAGUGACCGAGAUGCUCACAAGGAGAGGGUGGUCAGCCGAGAGGAGGCUGAGAAACUGGCUGGACAGCUAGGGAUGCCCUAUGUGGAGGCGUCUGCGAAGUCAGGCCAAAAUGUGAGGGAGUCCUUUGAGCUCCUCACUCGACGGAUCUACCAGGGCCUGUUGAGUGGAGAGGUAGAGCUGCAAGAGGGCUGGGAUGGAGUCAAGUGCGCUGCCCCACAGGCACUGCAGUUAAAGAGAGCCAGCAUGUCACAGCCCAGCACAGCCCCCAAGAACAAGAAGUGCUGUAAUUAAACUGUGGAUUGGCAAUGGUCACCCAUGUGCACUCAAGUUACUGUGGAGUCAAAACUGGCCGCUGGGAAGUUGAAUUUGUGGUGGCAUUUUACUGUAAAAGUGUGACCAUCAUGAAACAUGCUGAUUUGAAAUGCAAUUUUGCACCAAUUUUUGCAACUUUAACAAUGUCUGAGGCUGAUAAUUUUGUGAUUUUGUCCAAUACUUUGACUAAACAGAAAGGUUGUAGAUAUUUUUACAUGCUGAUAUUGUUAGCACUUGCUUAUUUUUCCUCUACACCAGCAGGCUAACACUUUUAUUUUAGGGGGAAACGUCUUGAGUACUAUUUAACUGAUUGUUGUUUACGUGCUUAAGAUGUCCAAUAUAAAGUGUAAUGGCUUUCCUGAACCUAAUUUAAUUCCAUCAUCGGGUCAAAAUUUCAGUUAGCCUGUUUCUUAUUUAAAGACCAGAUUCCUGCAAAACUAAUUGACACUUAAAGCAUUAGCUUUAACCACAAAGUGUGCCUUACAGAGUAUAGCCUCAUAAAGCUGCCACUGAGGCUGUUUAAUAGCAAAAUCUAUAGAUUUUUUUAUUUUGGAGGCAUAUGGAUUCGUUCUUGGUUUUUGUGAGAUGCGAGGACUACUGCAUAUCAGAUUAAUGGACUGAUCAGGUCAUUACUAGUCUCAGGUCAACAGGAGCAGGCAUUGUAAUGUGACAUCUGGUAGUUUGUGGUGUUUCCUUCAUCAGUCUAAUACAGGGGUAGCCAACACGGUGCCCACGGGCACCUGGUUGCCCGCAGACACCAGUGAGUUGCCCCCAGCACAUCCUAAAAAUAACACUAGUCACCAUGAAAUUCCUUAUCAAAAAUUAUAGUUGCUGUUCUUUUUAAAUCAAAAAUACUUACAUUAAUGCAGAUUUUAAAUUACAAUAUUUAUUAUAAUUUUUUUUUGAAAUAAAAUGUCUUCGGUGUAAAUGAACUUUGACCUUGUCCGAGUCAAAGUUCACUGCGCAUGUCAAACCACCACGUCAUUCUGCUGAAGCGUCCAGGCGCAGACACUUUGGGAAGCUAGAUGUGGUUUUUACCCCCAAAACAUGGCAGAGAAGUGAAAGAGAAAACACUAUUUUUACCAUGACUGGGAGGAAGAGUUGUUUUUCACGACAGUGAAAGAAAAAUGUAUGUGUCCUAUUUGCGGGGCGACUAUUGCGUCGGCAAAGCGGCACAAUGUGGAGAGACGCUACUUUACCCGCUACAAAGCUUUCAUGCUAACUAGCCAUGCUAACUAGCCACCUGGUAGCACAUAGACUGUAUGCGCACUACGGACAGGAAAACCCGGGACUUAAAGGCAGCUUUGACAUCUACUAAGCGGUGAAAAGUUUCUUCGUGGAGAAAAAUGUACGGUUAGAAAAGCUUGUUUCAGUGGCGACUGACGGGACUCCUCCAUGACGGGUCGCCAUGCAGGCUUCAUUGUACGAUGCAGAGGUGAUCCAGACUUCCCAACAUUCCUACAUUACCACUGCAUCAUUCACCAGCAGGACAUAUGUAUGUACAAAAGUGGCCGGAUUUGAUCAUGUGAUGACUCGUGUCGUGAAGAUCAUAAAUGGCUCCAAAGCCAAACAACCAGGACAUUGAAGGUGCUGCUGGAGGAGCUGUCAGCUGAAUAUGGUGACCUGUUACUACACACAGAAACCCCAUGGAUCAGCAGGGGACCAGUUUUGCAGCGUUUUUUUUUUUUUUGUCACUGUUGGCCGAAAUCAAAAAGUUGAUGCAGUCCAAAGGGAGACACCUUGCAGCUUGAGGACACUGAGUGGAUUCUUGCCCUUGUAUUUUUAACAGACAUCACCGGGAAACUGAACCAUCUGAACUGUGAGCUGCAAGGUAAAGGUAAGACAUGAUAAGCUCUGCAAUGCCAGGCUUCCCACUAACACACAUUUACAGACAGAGAAAGAGGUAACAUGCUGUCAUUGAAAACACCGUGCCAUUACAUAAAAACGUAAAAAAUAAUUAGUUGAAAUCAUGUAAUGAUUUGUUGUUAUGAUCUGUUAAAAAUAUUGCAAUGCUGGUGAAAAAUGCUGGUGAUUAGUACUAAUGUGAUAGGAUUCAUUUCAAAAUGUGAAAGAGUUGAUUUUUUCUUACAUAACUGAUAAUUUGUACAAACAUGGGGCAGAGUUCAUGAAUUGUUCAAAAAUGUUACAACGGUAGAGGUUUGCACAAAUGAAGCAUGAUUUGAUGACAGUUAAUGAUUUCCUAAAAAUGUUAGAAGUGAUAAUUUGCACAGAAAUGUAACUGGUGUGAUUUUGAACAAAAUGCUGCAAAUAUGCUGAUUCAUACAAAACUGCCAUGAAAGAUAUUUACCAAAGUUUCAGAGUUGGGAUACCUCUGACUUUUAAAUAUUGGAACAGAUUUCCAUAUAUAUAUAUGUGUGUGUGUGUGUGUGUGUGUGUGUGUGUGUGUGUGUGUGUGUGUGUGUGUGUGUGUGUGUGUGUGUGUGUGUGUGUUUCCUACCGUCAUUGUUGUGGAAAUGGUUGUUAAUAAUUAUUGUAAGGAAUAAUUAACAUAAAUGUGAUCAGACAGUCUUUUUACAUAUUAUUUUCAUUAUUGUUAUUAUUGUUUAAAGAUGAUGGUGCAAGUUUGCUUUUGAAGAAGUUUGUAUCAAACAAGGUGCCCUUUGUGCUACUCAGUACCCUUGAAGUUGCUCUCAGGUUCAAAAAGGUUGGUGACCCCUGGUCUAAUAGGUGCCGAAAAAAUGACUGUAACACAGCCUCAUUCAGUCUAAAUGCAGAGGAUAAUACCACAUCUGUUCUGCUAUUGAUUUUUGCACUUCAACCCGUUCGUGGAAGAGAUUUUUUUUUUUUGCCCUUUUUCUUGAGAAAUGCUUGACAUUUUUAUCCCUUUAGGAGAGAGUUACUCACAGCUCAUGUCCACACCAAGAUCAUAACUUAGAACAGGGGUUUGCAAGCAACAGAGGAUGGGAGCCAGUGCACUCCAAGGACAUUCUGCUUUUUCUUCAAAAUCCAUUUCAGUACAUAAAUGUGAUUCUUUUGUGUGUGGCUUACUCUGCCUGUAAGGGGGAGCAGUUAAUGUACUUGGUGCCUGGAUUGAGAUUAAAAACAUUACCAUAGGCCUUUAGGUAACCUUCAUUUUUUUGCACUUGAGGUGCAUAGACGCAGCUCAACUGCACCACCGCUAAUUACCAGGCAUCUUAGGACAGAGUGAUUGUUUCCAGAUGCUGUUGUUGAAAUUUAUUAAAUAAAUUCUCAUGUGCCUUUG